GCAACGAGGCGACCAGAACGGCGUCCCCCGCCCUCGUCUCCUCCACGCAGUCGUUUAAAUACUCCACUGCGACUAGCGAAGCAGGUCAUUGAGGUUUGCGAAGUCGCGACGUCGAGGUGUAGUCCGGGUGUUCAUAGAUCGCGUUUGAGCCGGUGAUACAAGCGUGCGCUGACAGAGGUAAACAGGAAGACGUUUGUGAUCAUAUUAGUAAGUGACCCGACCCACGUACGUAGCUUAACUGCGUAGUGAGCCAAUUCUUUCGACGACAUGGCCGAGAGUGGGAUAAGAAGAAAUAUUCCCAUCAAGCUGGGAGACUUCAGCGUCAUAGACACGGAGUUCAGCAACAUCAGAGAACGCUUCGACGCCGAGAUGAGGAAGAUGGAGGAGGAAAUGGCUCGCUUCCGGUCCGAACUGAUGACCCGGGAAUCCAACUUCUUCACAAAGAGCACAACCAGUCGGCACUCCCAAACCAAGGAGACUAAGUCCUCGUGGAAAGGAGACGGCGGAAUCCCCCCAAAGGACGGGUUCACAGCCUUCUCAAGCACUUCCUCCACGGCGACAACCGACGGGGGUGCGCAGAAGGGCGAGGUCAAGACGUGGCUGGAUGGAUUCAACUCUCCGCUCAUCCAGAAUGAAGGCGACAGCAAACUCCUGAAGCUGCGAUUCGACGUCAGCCAGUACCAGCCCGAGGAGAUUGUCGUUAAAACUGUGGACAACAAGCUUCUGGUUCACGCUAAACAUGAGGAAAAAACUGAAAGCAAGUCCGUGUACCGCGAGUACAACCGAGAAUUCAUGCUGCCCAAAGGAACAAACCCUGAGAGCAUCAAAUCGUCUCUCAGCAAGGAUGGCGUACUCACGGUAGAAGCGCCUCUGCCAGCUAUUGAGGGAGAGAAGCUCAUCCCUAUCACGCAGCAAUAGAGAACAACUCCGAUCUCCAUCCUGCACCACAGCUGCAUCACUGGAGUCACCGUCAUGUACUGCUUCUGUCAUCUCUGAAAGAAACAAAGGCCUAAUUUUUCAUUUCUACUUAGUACUGCGCUUGUUGUAUUUGGAGUUUUUAAUAAAUACUCAAACAGUUACUUCUCUGAAAUAACUGAAUUUAAUUAGACCACAAAACAUUCAAAAGAAUUUGUCUGAAAGAGGUCAGGGGUGAACUCGACUCAAGUUAGCGACUGUCCUGCCUCCUUCCAUUUUGUUUGUGGUAUGUGCUGGUGGCUCAAACACAUCACACCACCUGCAACAUGGAACUGGCACACAGUGAAGGGGCCAGAGAAUUAAUAUAUAAUGCUGAAAAUUUUAAGUUAUUGUGGAAUUCGAUAAUAAAAUUACUAUUAGUUUUUUUAAAAAAAAGACGCCUGCUUGAAAUGCAAUAUUCCUGUUAUGACUAUGUCGAUACAUGGCCGUACAUGUUGUUUAAAUGAAUCUAGUGCCUGAUUGAAUACUAGGACACACCACACAGUAGCCAGCAGUGUCAAAUCUUCCCUGAAAAUUGUGUGCAUAUAAUUCUUGCACUAUGCGUAUUUUCAUGUUGAUGCUACUCUAGAGAAAUGCAAUAUUUUGUGCACAUUAGCUUUCUACAGGAUAAAACUAGUGACGUCAUGUUAAAACACCACAGAGGACAAAUGCAAUCGCUUGGGAUUCAUAUUUUGGAAGAAGGUAACUUCUGAGAGCCCAGAUUGUGUUUGGCCAAAAUAAAUAUCACUAAACUAUUCCAUUUUGUAACUGCUUCAGUGUGCGAUAAUAAAAUGUGCAGCGUGUUUAUGUAAUAUUCAUACUGUUUUAUUUUUAUUUCCAUGUAUUCAAAAUUUAGUUGAGCACAUACCAGAUAACCCAAAACUACUGUCCAAGACAUUUGGUAACAUACAGAAGUGAACAAUUAUAUGGAGCCAUGCUAAUGCUAAUGUAAUGUGAUUGUUUAUUCUGUAUAUUAUGUAUAUUACAAUGCAUUCACCAUAUUCUUUAUUAUUACAUUAUAAUUUAGAAUUGUUUGUUAAAUAUGCAAUCUUUUUACAGAAACUAUUAGCACUAUAAAUUCAGUGUUGAAUAUAAAUAAAAAAAUAAAUUGUCUGGCCAUGUUUCA